GUCUUCCAUGGGACAAGAGCCCCUGUUUUGACUGUUCAGCAGUACAUUGAGCGCAUUUUUAAGUACUCCAACUGCAGUCCUUCCUGUUUCGUGGUUGCAUACAUAUAUUUGGAGAGAUUCCUCAAUCUGACUCAUUGUUUACUCACCUCUCUUAAUGUUCACCGGCUUCUCAUCACUAGCAUCAUGUUGGCUGUCAAGUUUGUAGAUGAUGACUGCUACAACAAUGCUUAUUAUGCAAAAGUAGGAGGAAUAACCACAACAGAACUGAACAAGCUGGAGAUGAAAUUCUUGGCAGCCCUUGAUUUCCGACUGCACGUAAGUGUUGAGAACUUUGAUAAGUACUGCUUGCAGCUAGAGAAAGACACCAAUGAGAAAUUACAGAUUGAUCGACCUAUCCGAAUUUUUGCAUGGGGAAAGGGUUUGGUAAACAAGAACAUAUCAAAUUGUUCACCUACAGUUGGAGGAUACACUUGUAGAGCUUUCUAGGGUGUAGGGAUCCAAAUCCAAUGGACAGGCAUGAAGAGGCUGAGAUAAAUCUUCUGAAUUGUGUA